UAAGGUAAAACAAAGAAUAAUAUCAAAUGAAUAUGAACGAAAACAUGGGGAUGAAUGACAAUGAAUUACGAAUAGAGGAAACAUGCCUCUUAACAACAAAUCUCGUAAAUUGGCCUGUUGAAUCUCCAUUCUAAAUUUCAAAUAUCAAUUUUUGUAUUUUGGAUCUGAAUUAAGAGAGAAGAUCAAAAGCACAUAUGUCCACAUGGAAAGUUCAAAAAGAAAAUAAUCAAAGACAUUAACCAAUCCCCAAUCAAUUUGGUGGCCAUGGUAGUUUUUUUUUUGGUUCGGCGAAGCACUGGAGUACUGGACAGAUCUGACUUCACAAAAAUUGAAGAGCAGAACCUGCGGACAAUCUUCAAAAAUCGAAGAGGAGAACCGGCGGACUUCACAGGCGGACGGCCUUCGCUGGGAAACAGUGAUCGGCGAAAUUCGGCGGACUUCACAGGUGGACGGCCUUCGCUGGAAAACAGCGAUCGACGGAUGAAGGGAACAGAACCGGCGGACGAACUUCUGGCGAUGGAUCCCCUCGUGCGAUUUCUUGAAUCUGCGGGCGAAGGGAACAGAACCGGCGGACGAAAACACAGACGAAGAGAUGCGAUUUGAAUCUCAGGCGGACUGAAAUUAAACAAUCAAAUCUGGUGAUGCCAGUGAUAGGUCAGUCCAGCGGCGGAGACACACGAUAGGGACAGGGACGGCCGAUGGGAACGGAACAACAUAUUGAGUUUCUUUAGGCGAAGAAGAGAAGACGGAACAUAGAUCUUCUAAAUUCAAGAGUUUCUUUUAGGUGGAGAAGACAUCUCGGAUUUCUUCCGGCAAAUCGAAAAAGAAGAACGGACAUACCUUGAGUGUGAGAGCAGAUUCAUAGAAAAUUGUUUUGGUAGAGAAGACCGUCGAAGUUGCAAAAUUGAAAAGAAGUUUUGGGGAGAAGAUUUCCUUUCCUUUCCUUCUUUGAAAAACUGGAUCGAGAAAGAUCUACAGGAAGAAACGGAUUCUUUCUUU